GGUAUGAAUGAGGAGCUCAUUGGCUUAAAAAUAAAAAAUGAAAGAGGAGCUCAAUGGACUCUGCUAAAUAUCUUUUCUACCUUGUCAAAGAUCAUAAUCAUAAACACAAGUUGUUGGUGCUGCUUUCCUCUUUGAUUCUACUACUUCUCACCUCUUUUUGCUCUUGUUCUUCUGAUACUAUAUCUACUGUCAAACCAUUAAGAGAUGGUGAGCUUCUGAUUUCUAAAUCUAAAAUGUUUUCUCUUGGAUUCUUCGCUAAAGGAAAAUCCACAUCUCGCUAUGUAGGAAUUUGGUACUACAAUUUGUCAAUCCAAACUGUUGUUUGGGUUGCAAAUAGAGAUACUCCAAUCAAUGACACUUCUGGAAUUCUAUCAAUCAACCCAAAUGGAAAUCUAGUUCUCAACAACAACCUUAGCACCAUUCCCAUUUGGUCUACCGAUGUUUCACUCCAGCAAUCACAGAUAAAUAGCACCGACGUUAUAGCUCAACUAUCUGAUAUAGGAAACUUUGUUUUGAUGUUAAACAGAACCAAAACUGUCAUAUGGGAUAGCUUUGAUUAUCCCACGGACACUUGGCUUCCAUAUCAAAGGCUUGGUUUUGAUAGAAAAACUAAUCAAAGCUGGUUCCUUCAAUCCUGGAAGACAGAGGAUGACCCUGGAAAAGGUGCCUUCACGUUGAAAUUCAGCACCGUUGGUAAAACUCAGCUUUUUAUGUACAAACAUAACCUUCCCUGGUGGCGUGGUGAACCUUGGAAUGGAGCACUAUUAUCAGGUGUGCCUAAUGCGAAACGAAAUAGGGACACUUUUAACAUUUCUUUUGUUCAAGAUGACAACAAUGUAGCACUCACGUAUAACAUGGUUGAUAAGUCUGUCGUUACUAGGAUGGUGGUUCAGCAAUCUGGUUUCUUUCAAAUAUUAAUGUGGGACAAUAAAAAAAGUCAAUGGAACCAGUUCUAUUCACAACCAACAAACCAAUGUGAUAACUAUGGAACAUGUGGAUCAAACAGUAAUUGUGACCCUAUGAACUUUGCGGACUUCAAAUGUGCUUGUUUACCUGGUUUUGAACCCAAAUCUCCAGGCGAUUGGUAUGAGAGUGGAGAUGGGUCAGGAGGGUGUGUAAGGAAGAACGGUUCAUCUGUUUGUGGGAAUGGAGAAGGGUUUAUCAAAAUUGUCAGCUUGAAAGUUCCUGAUACAUCGAUGGCAAAUGCCAAAGGUGGUUUGAGUUUGGAAGAAUGUGAAAAAGAAUGCUUCAGAAACUGUUCUUGUACAGCCUAUGCAGUUGAUAAUGUGAGCAAUGGUGGAAGCGGGUGUUUGGCAUGGCAUGGUGAUUUAAUGGACAUUCAAAAAGUAAGCGAUCAAGGCCAAGAUUUAUUUUUACGUGUCGAUAAAGUUGAACUAGCCAAUUACUACAGAAAAAGCAACGGAGUCCCUCAUAAGAAAAGGUUGGCUGCAAUUUUGGUAGCUUCUAUAGUUGCUGUUAUCGUCCUCGUCCUCUCCUGUGUGUAUUGCAAGUGGAAGAAAAAAACAAAGGAUAAAAUGGUGCGGCAAUUAAACCAAGAUUCCUUUGGAGAAAAGAACGGUGUUCAAAGCAACACACAUCCAAAUCUACCCUUUUUCAGCUUUAAAACGAUAAUGACAGCUACAAGAAAUUGUGGUCAUGAGAAUAAGCUUGGACAAGGUGGAUUUGGCUCUGUCUAUAAGAAAUUGCAGGGUUGCUUGGCUAAUGGACAAGAGAUAGCAGUGAAAAGAUUGUCCAAAAAUUCAGGUCAAGGAAAAGAAGAGUUUAAAACUGAAGUUACGCUUUUAGUUAAACUCCAACACAGAAAUCUAGUGAGGUUGCUCGGUUGUUGCUUUGAAAAAGAAGAAAGGAUGUUAGUUUAUGAAUACCUACCAAACAAAAGCCUGGACUUCUUUAUAUUCGAUCAAAACCAAAGGUCAUUAUUGGAUUGGGGUAAGCGUUUUGAAAUUAUUUGUGGCAUUGCUCGAGGUGUUUUAUAUCUUCAUCAAGAUUCAAGGCUGAAAAUAAUUCAUAGAGAUCUAAAAGCCAGCAAUGUUCUCCUUGAUGCUGCAAUGAAUCCCAAAAUCUCAGAUUUUGGUAUGGCUAGAAUAUUUGGAGAAGAUGAAAUACAAGCAAGAACAAAAAGAGUGGUUGGAACAUAUGGAUAUAUGUCACCGGAAUAUGCAAUGGAAGGACGAUAUUCAACUAAAUCGGAUGUCUUCAGUUUUGGUGUUUUACUACUGGAGAUUAUUGCUGGCCAAAGAAACACACAUUGUGAAACAGGAAGAGACUCCCCAAAUUUAAUUGGACAUGUGUGGACACUAUGGACAGAAGGAAGGGCCUUGGAUACAGUUGAUCCAGCACUAAACCAGUCUUAUCCUUCUGCUAUAGUACUGAGAUGCAUUCAAAUAGGACUUUUGUGUGUGCAAGAAAAUGCAAUUAAUAGACCAUCAAUGUUAGAUGUUGUUUUCAUGCUAUGCAAUGAAACACCUCUUCUCCCACCUCUAAAACCAGCAUUUUUAUUCAAUGGCAACCAUGAAUUGCAAGAACCAUCAACAUCAGGAUCUUCAAUAAAUGAAUUAACAGAAACUACCAUCAGUGCUCGCUAAAAGCUACCUUAAUCAAAUAUUUAAUGUUUCGGUUCAUACUUUUUUUUAUCAGAAUUGAGUUUGUAGACAUUUCUAGAAGUUGUUGAGAAACAAGUAUGUGUAGUCACUUUGUGGUAUUGUAAAAUGAAUACUGUUUUAGACCUCAUGGUAUAUACUAGAUUUUAUGUUAUCACUGUGAAAAUCUG